AUGGUGCUUGGAGCACUAUCAAUUGCUUGGUUGGCCUACACUCUCUGGUCACAGGGUCGGCGUGAUAAUGAUGACAUUAGCCACCUAAGACUAUUUGGAAGGCUCAAAACAGGACGUUCCGUUGACGAUGAGGACCCCGUCGCUUGGGUAUAG